AACGAGUUUGGUGUGCGUUUUCUUUCCCAUGAUACCUUUACGGCCGUGUGAUCGUCUGAAAUAAAACAUGGCGGAAACAGUGGGCAGAAAAAUUUCUCCAGUUUAGUCCAUCACUUUAGAAUGCCAAGAGGUUUCGCAAACUGAAAUGAGUGCAGCAGGAUGGGUUGAAACAUUGCGAAGGUUCAACGAGAGGAAAAAGGCAGAGAAAGAAGAAGGUAUGAUGUUUUGUCGCAAUGCAACUCCCGGAAAGUGUCUUGUCUGUCUGUUAUAAUCGCUGUUUCUUUUCCUCUCUUUCAAAAUCUAGAUGCUGAGAAUGUAGCAAAAAGGUCUCCCAGCGAGACAGAGCUGUUUACCAAGUAUUACAACGAUUGGAAAGGAGCAGGGAAAGGCAAAACCAAAAGUUAUGAUGCGAUACCUAGAUUUUAUUUCAAGGUGUCUGCCUGUUUUAUGUGCGCUUUGUACAAACAAUGCUUAAAUUUUUUUGUGGUAGUUAAGAGUUAUCUAGUCCAAUUCAGUUUCGUUCGUACCAUCCAAAAGUUCAACAAGAAAGUUGCCAACUUAAAGGAAUUACUUCAUGCGCUCAAAGUGAUAUUCUCCAUUCGGAACCUAGAUGAUAGCUUGAACAAUUUAAAAGACAUUUUUACGAUGAUGGAUGGAUGAUAAUUCUAGCAUUGAUCAUGUCAAUGUAUAGUCUGUAUACAGAGUAUGCAUUUAGUCUCUAUCCCUCCUGAAUUUAUUUUGUCAACUUUUCAAGUUAAUUAAAUUAUUUUCUUCUCUCUUGGUGGUCAGCUUCCUUCAGAAGAUGAAGUUUUGUUGCAAAAACUGCGUGAGGAAUCACGAGCUGUGUUUCUCCAGCGAAAAAGUAGAGAGCUCCUCGACAAUGAUGAACUGCAGGUGAAAUGAUUGCUUGAUUUUUUUAUGUUUUUCGUAAGAUCUUCAUGUAAUAAACUUCAGAAUAAUCCUCACAGCCAUGUAUCUCUUGAUACACGCAUUCUUACUAAUUGAUGGUUAUUCUUUUUUUCAUUAUAGAACCUGUGGUUUUUACUUGAUAAGCACCACACACCACCUUUGUUUGGAGAUGAACAGGUAUUCUGUGAGACAGUGAUGGUGCUACAUCUUUGUGGCAUAAUUUACUUGUAAAAAAUAUUUUCAUUGUAACCAUGCAUUUAAAGGAAUUUUUGUCAGAAAUAUAAUAUUGUCUUUUCACAUUAUACAUAUGAAUCUUAUUUCAUUCAAGGGUUUUGAAAUUAGGAAGGUUAGUUAAAUGUUAAUAGUAAUCCAAGCUUCUCUGAAGUGAGGUAAUGUGUGUACAAAGAUCAGGCUGGGUGAUGAUUGGUAAUUACUGUAGGGAACAUGCCCAUGAUCAGGUAGUCUGAGCUGUUUUAUUGUAUCAGCUUUCAGAUCACUCUAAAGCUCAGCCAAUAUCAAGCUAAUCAAUGCUUUCCUGCUCACACAACCCCUAGUGGUUUUAUUAGUUUAAAAAUCUCUAGUGCCAGCAUCUUGCUUUGGCAGUCAAUAACUGUGUUGCCCAAACAUUAUGGUCUGUGUUUGAUAUUAAAAGUGAUUAAAUUUUUUGUGGGUUGUUUUAUGUUUUGUCCUGUAGACAACAUGUUUAUUCCUUUUGCAUUUGGUAAAUAGAUGAUCAACUAUGAAGAUUUCUUGAAAGUUGCUAGAGAGGCUGGUGAAAAAUGCAGGUAAAAUAGAGGAAUUCUUAGCCUCUUUUUAAUUAUCUGAGUAUUAUAUGUUUAUUAUUAUAGCUUUGCCCAUAGAAAAAUCACAGGGACCCAAGGGCUUUGUUCUCAGAGAUCUGGAGUGCCCAGAUCUUAAAAGGUUUACUUCAUAAAAGUUAUUCAUUAAGGUUGCCUCAACGCUUGAUUAAGUAGCCCAUGGUACCUGUAUUGUGCAAGAGCAUAGCCUUGAAUAUAAAAUUAACAUGAACAAAAUCCAUCCUCCAAACAUUAUUUAGACAUACAGGGAGACAAAUUGGCCUUUUGGUAAUUGUGUUAGACUCUCUACCAAGUGGUCAUGGUGUAAAAUUUAGCCUGGUCUUUAUGUUUUGUUCAUGUGCUCCAUGUUUUGCUCCCACUGUAUCUCUCCCCAGCUAGGAAUACAAAUAAAGGCCUGCCAAGUGUGAAAUUUGAUUAGUUACCUUUGUAAUUACCUAUGGAGUAGGUUUCAAUUAAAAAGAAAAAGACAAAUUCCUUGUUACCUAUUGUGAUAGAAACUUAGAUAAUACUCAGCAGUUAUUGGAAACUAGGCUGGUAAGGCUUGACCUAACCUUGUUGUGCUAGGAUAAAGAAAUUGUUUAACAUUGUGUGUGAUGGUAAGUACAGACCUGUCACUCCUCUUGUUAGGAAAGAAAGAAUGGUCACUUACUAUAGACCUACUGGAUUGGAUGAGGGGUAUACAGUACUCCUUAGACAUUGACAAAUACAGAUCCUUCCAGACAGAGAAAAUAUCUUUAUCAUUGAUAGAGAUUUUUUUUGUAAGCAGUGUUUAUAAUUUUUCAUUUUCUUGAAUACUCUUUAGGCCAUUUUUUAGUGCAACUGUUUUUGCCAAGCUGUUUCAACAGGAUCCUUUUGGAAGGUGAGCACAUUAGUUAACAAUUAAGCCUGCAAGUGCAUAGUUUACUCAUAUUCAAUAAGUGCAAAUGGAAUAAUUCUUUUUGGUCAUUGAUCCAAAAAAAAAUGCUUUGUUUAUUCAGCAAUGAUGGUGGAAUUGUUGGCAAGUGUGUAGGUAAAUCAGAUAUCAUGACCUGUGAACCAAUCCAAACUUACUGGUAACAGCUGGAAUACGUCAUUGCUAGUUUUAAUAAAGAACAAACAUCAACUAAAAUUUAUAAGUUUUGAAAAUUAGGAUUAAGUUAAGUGGAUAGUUGUGGAUUUUACAUGUACUUGCAUUUUUUGAAACAUGAAAGAAUGCACAGAGUCUUCUAAUUUGAAGGUGUUCUGUUUAUUUCAGGAUAUCAAUCAUGCAGUUUUUCAAUUAUGUGAUGCGUAAAGGUAAGUUUGAGUUAGCUAAUGGAUUUUUAUUCAUGUGAUCAGUGAUAUUGAGACCUCCUUUACCUGGCUGAAGCCACUUUGGGUGACAUCAACUUCAACUUCCUGUGAGCAACAAUCUCUCAUGGUUGAGCUCACAACACACUUUUUAGGCCUAUGUGAGGAUAAAAUAUAUGAGGAUAAAAUUUGUUCUUUACAAUUACCCUUUGCUUACAGUUAAUUUAUUGUAAAUACCAAGCAUCAACUUAAUAUUUUUUUGUACCUACUUGAACUAAAUAUGUAGUAUUAGUAAGGGUAGUUUUGCUUGUUUUGAUAGUGGAUAUUAUACAGAUUUAUACUAUUAAGAAUUAAAUUUCUGUAUUUCUGAAUUUCUGAAUUCUGUUACUCUGUCCUGGUCAUUGAUAUACACAUACAUGUAGCUGUAGAUGAGUAGUUUGAGUAGGCUAAAAUUUUUAAAUUCAAUUAAUGUGAUUGUCCCUACUACAAAAAGAAAAUGAAUCUUUGAAAUGGUUGGACUGUGGCUCAAAGGAUGUGUUUGAAGUGCACUUCAUCUGCUUUGGCAAGAUUCAACCCAGAUUCUUAUUGCCUAUGAAGCUCUUUUUCAACAUGUACUUAGUGAAUUGGUUAUUGCUUGGUUAUGAUGCAUAGUUAUCUAAUUGCUGGAAAAAGAGUUUGUCUUUUAUAUUUGCAGUUUGGCUUCAUCAAACCAGAAUAGGUCUCAGUUUGUAUGAUGUUGCAGGACAAGGAUACUUGAAAGAGUCGGUAAGCUUGUAAAUACUGGUAUCAGGGUAAACUAUGCUCCCAGCACAAAUCAAUUUUUCAUUACAUGUUAAACAGCGAUUUCUCUGUCAAUUGAUUAGUAACUCCUAAUUUUUGGCUUUCGUCAAUCUCACAUCCGAAAAUGUAAUGGUUUUUCAAAGACAUUAAUAACUGAACAGUGUGUCUUAGUUUUAAUUUGCAAGGUUAUUCCUUGCUUGGCUUCUCUUUUAGAGCUUUAGUUGUGGAUCCACUGUUGACAAGCUCACAUAUUUGCAUAUGGGCAAGAGUUGCUUAUCCAAGAACCAGUGCCAGUAUCACUCAGUGUGGGAAAGAGAUUGAUUAAGAAAUCAUAAAUUUGUGUUGAAUAACUAAAAAUUGCAAUGCAUCUGUUGAAGAUUACUCAUGACUGUUACAGGAUAUGAUUGUUUUAUUAUAUUUUUCAGGACCUGGAAAAUUAUAUUUUGGAGUUAAUCCCAACCUUACCUCAGGUAUUUUUUUUAUCUUUAUACACAUGUACUUGGGCAAUAAUAUAUAUUAUGCUCUGGAAAUCAGUUGUUGUUCAUCACUUGGUUAUUCUUUAUCACAACAGUGCACCACAGUGUACCACAUCAUAUCACAGAUGGUCUGUGCUAAGUUUACAAUGUUGAAUAUUUCAAAAAAUACUUAAUUUCACACUCUUUGAUGGUUGUGCACAAUAUACAAUACUUCACAAUAAACAAGUAUCAAGUAUAUGUAACUUUGUAAUAAUUACAGCCAGCACUGAAAUGCUAUUUGUUUUUUGGUGGUGUUGAGUGAUAUUGUCCAGUCAGACAACUCCUUUCCAAUAAUAUUAUUCAAGGAACAAGUGAUUUUCAAUAAGGGUGUAAAAGUGAGGUUCUUACAUGUACAUCAUAUUGGGGACCUUAAGCAAACCACGACAGUGAGGGCAAUGAGGACAUGGAAAAAACAAAAUAUCUAAUUGGAAGAAAAAUAGCUCAGCAUGUGUGUUUUAAAACUUUGUACAUUUCUUAGCUGUCCUAUGCAAAACAACAACAUGAAAUCACCACACUUUGUGUCUGCAAACUGAAACUGGGACAGCAAAUUAUUUUAAUUUCCAUUCAAAACCCAAAGCUUCUUUUACAUGUUAUGCUGAAGUUGAGGUGUGGUGAUGUAUGAGAUGGUUAACAAAUGCAGCCAUUUUUGAAAUUCUAAUUAAAGGCAGAAAUUCAUUUUUUAAUUGAAUUCUUCUUUGGUGUUGCUGUCCUGACUGCUUAAGGUCCUAUUGUUUUCCUAUGGAGGCAGAGGGCUAUUUUAUCUUCAAUAAAAAAUGCCACAAUACCUUUUGUUUUGUAGUUGGAUGGCCUUGAGAAGUCAUUUUAUUCUUUCUACGUGUGCACUGCUGUUAGAAAGUUUUUCUUCUUUUUGGAUCCCCUCAGGACAGGUAAGGAGGGUGGAUGGGAAGCCUGUUAAAUUUUGAAAAUAUCUCUUUACCCUUAAUUCCACAAAAUGCUUAGGCCAGACAGCAGCAGACACACCCCCUAAACAGUUGUGUUGUGGUUUCAUGUUCCCACUGAAACUGGAGUAUGUGAAGAGAUAAGUUAUUGCAUUAAGUCACUGGCAUUGCUGUUAUACAAGUUACUGUGAAUCAUACAAAUCUUGCUUUUAACCCCAUACUCCCUAACAUCAAUAUGCAUAUCCUCCAUACUACUCCCUAGACAUUUCUGAGGGUUCUGACAAGGAGAAUCUCAUGACCUUAAUGUUUGAUUCAGGGGUGAUGUUGUAAGGAGAAAUUGGAUGUUAGUCAAUCUUAGGAGUUAAAGGGUUAACUGGAACAUUAAAAUUUGAACAGUCUGUGAACUUUUAAUGCCUUGUUUCACAUGAUGAAACUGUUAUGUACAUGUAGGUGACCCUCUCUACAAAUAUUUCCAGUAAUUGUAGGUGCAGUGUUGUAAUAAAACACAGAGGACAAAUAGUGGAUGUAUUCCCUAGUUCUGUCACAUGGGUGAAACAUGACUUGAAACCAAUUAAAAAUACACAUUUUGAUGAUAUAGUUCUAAACUGACUUCACCCUUGUAAUCUGUUGAAGAAGAACACUAUUUCACCUCUGCAGUAAGUGGUCUUUACAAACAUCUGACAAUCUAUUGGAGAGAGUAUAGAAAUAAUUUUCUAUAAUUUGUUAAACCCUUUUUUUCCAACAGGAAAAAUAAAGAUUCAAGACAUCCUUGCCUGUAGUUUUCUGGAUGAUCUCCUUGAGGUAUGGCUGUCAAUAUCAACUACUCACUAUUAACUGUUUCACAACAGUGACAAUAAUGUGUUGGAAAUGCCACAAAGAAGAUGAAAACAUAGAGACUAUGAAAUUUAAUGGAAAAUACCAUAAUCUUGGUUUCAAUGUACUUAUUGCCUCUGGUCAUGGUGUCUUUUGAUUAUGUAAUUUCAGUAAUUUUUUGAAUGUGACUAACCUUAAUAAUUGUUAUUGAUAUGUUGCACAUGUGUGUGUGACUUGAGUAUUUCCUACUUGGAAUCAUGACCUCUAUAAACUAGGCAAAUUUAGAUAUUUCUUCUUUCAUUACAAACUAUUAUUUGUAUCUGUGUAGUUGAAUUGAGGUAAGAAAAAUGUAGACAAGUAAUUAUUUGUGCUGUUGUAGCUGAGAGAUGAAGACCUAUCCAAAGAACAACAAGAUGCAAACUGGUUUUCAGCACCCUCGGCAUUAAGAGUCUAUGGUAAGAUUGUUUUGCAUUGGUAGUCACACAUGUAUUAAUUUUAAUAUCCUGACUCAUUAAAAAUGUUUAAUAACCUCUAAACUCAACUCAGCUAUUUCAUUUCCAUUAAAAAAAACUGUUUUAAUUACUUUCCAGGGCAAUAUCUAAGUCUUGAUACUGAUCAUAAUGGAAUGUUGAGUAAAGAAGAAUUAGCAAGGUAUGGUUAAUGGCUACAUUUGAAGUUGUUACACUUUGAAUUAACACUAAUUUUAAUUAAAUAUCUCAGAAUGAUCUUAAUGUUGAUAAACGUUAGUCUUACUGUUGUAGAUAUGGUUCAGGAACCUUAACCAAGGUGUUUGUGGACAGAGUGUUUCAGGAAUGUUUGACAUACGAUGGUGAAAUGGUGAGUUAGUUAAUGGUGGAGUAAGCAUUGAUAAAAAGACAACAUUGACUACUUUAAGGAGCAUUAUUCACUUGAGGGUGAUACAUAUCACACUCUUGAAAGGAGUAACAACAAUUUGUUUGGAAGUAUGACAUCAUCUUACAAUAGGUUUGUCAGAAACAAGCAGUGCUAGCCAGCCAAAAGAUCUAUGCUUGUUGUCAAUCAGAAUUGAGAAAGUGAAACUUACAUCUGUAUGUGUACUCAUGAGAUGCUGUCCAUCAAUAUUUAGUCUUUGUUAAUUCAGUUGUCCAAAGUAAUCUUUGACUUAUUUGAACAUGUGGUUAACCCCCUGUGAAGACUAGAAAAAUAAAGGUCCCUUCCAGUCAAUCUCAUCAGGGAGUUUAGGAAAUGACAGCGACACCAUGGACAUUGUCAAUUACAAAAUGAACCUAUAUUUUACCUAUGAAUCUCGUGAUAACCUAAAGUAAUUUAGUUUGUUGCUUACUCUCAAAACUAUUUCGAAACUGAGUAUGGAACACAGCAUUAAAUUAGAAAUAGAAAUUUACAAAAUUAGCCGUCGUUGUUCACAUUCUCCAGACAACACAAAGUCAUUUCGUGUUGUUGUUUUGCAGAGGAUACAAAGAAAUUUACAAAGAUGUUGAACGCAUGAGCACAGCUAUUGUUCUACUCAUUAAACCUUUUAUUUAAUGACAUUCCUGUUGCCAUUACCGUCAUGAUUUUCUUAAACUCUCCAUUAGGAUAACUGAAGACACUUACAUUAUGUACUUUAUAGUGUGUUUGGACAUGCAGUGUUGUAAUGGCUUAGUCUGAGUAGUCUUAUUCUGUGCUGAUAUUCCUAAUCAAGAAGGAAAUGUUUUGUGCCUGUUGAUGCAGUUUUUAGCAGGACAGCUGAUGUUUUUACCAGGAAAAUUAGGUACACCAACACCAUUUUCAGCUAUGCAGCAAAUUUAGUUCCACUUAUAAUUUUACUUAACAAGCUACCGUAAUGAAAUGUGGAUGAUAUUUUUGUUACAGGACUACAAAACAUAUUUGGAUUUUGUGCUUGCAUUAGAAAACAGAAAAGAACCACAGGUUGGUGUCAUUACACACAAAAAUGUUCAGAGAAAUGCUUGCUCUAAUGGUCAUCCAAACAAGUCCGUGAUAUACAUGUACAUUUACAUUUAGCUUAGUUAUUGAUUUAUUUUUAGCAUAGGACAAGGAAAAUUCCAUGACCCGUGCUAGAAUUUGAACUGAAGACCUUGUAAUUAUACAGUUGAUAUACUUUAUGCACUGAAUUACAGACAACUUGUCCAUGGAUUGGGUCAUCUGUGACAAAGUGUUCAUUACAGUUUAUUGUACUUUGUAUAAACACACUCAGAACUAUGCACCAGCUCUGUUUUGUGAUAUUUCCUUUGGAGCAUCAGUGAGAUUUUUGUAUAACUUUCUAUUUUUUGUUUCCACAAGGCACUGCAGUACAUGUUUAGGAUCCUGGAUGUGCAGGUAUACCCAACAUCAACUUUUUUUUUUUUAAAGGUGGUGCUCUGCCAACCUGUGCUUUGUUGGCCCAGUCAUCCUCCCACCUGCAUGUACAUGAUGUUAAAUCAGCUAAUAAUAUUAAUGUGAUUUGAAACAAAUACCCAACUUUCUUGAAUGUACAAAACAUUUUUUCAGUCAAUUAACACAUGUAUGUGAAAUGCCAGAUUUUGAUUGCCUAGAAUGUGUCAUGCCUGUGACUUUGCAAUCACAUGCUCUGACUAUGCUGAAGAAGACUUGUUUCAUAGUUAGGCCUUUAAACAGAGGUCUUGUGACAUAUAACUUCAUGCUGUUAGACAUAUAAGGUAGUUAGGGCUUUUAACCGAGUUCUUAUGAAUUAUUUACUGCAUGUUGUCAGAGUUUGACUGCUUCAAAACAUGUUAUAGUAUUUUUCUUACUUUACAUAUCAGAUUAUCAUAGCUACAGCUUUAACUGUUAUGUGCGCACUUAAAUUUUGAUGAGUGCUAGUAGCAUUGAAACAACUUCAGGGAUACCCAUAUGCAUGUAAGAGGAUGUACAUAAGAAGAGAACUUAAUGAAAACCUAAAAAUAAUAUAAUGUGGGGCCUCUAAGCCCCCUAAAAUGCUUCAUUUGUGGCUUUUUAUUUGAUAUCCACUUGUUUGUCUCUGUUUUAGGCUGUUGGACAUCUCAACAUCUUUUCAUUAAACUUCUUCUUUAGGGUGAGUUUUUGGAAAUAAUUUAAUGAUCAUAUUUUAAGGAAUGGGUUUGCCAGUCAGACUUCAGCCAGGCCAUCUUUUGUUUAUAGGAAAUUCAAGAGGAGAUGAAAAAGCAUGGACAUGAGCCAGUGAAGUUUCUUGAUGUUAAGGUAAUGAGUGACUGAUAUUACUGUUGUAGUUUUUGUAACCAUAAAAAGAUGUCAUGGUAAUGUAGUUUGUACAGAAGCCCCUACCCUUCAGUGUUUAGAGUAGGGAGCAGCAGUACACAGGCUUUGGUACAUUAGAUCAUCCCUCCUUGGUGUGAAGCCCAGAAAGAAUUAUUUUCUUUUAAUUCUCCAUUCUUGCAACUUUCAUGAAUCAGUUGCAAGAAUCAGUUUCAAGAAUGGAGAACAGAGUUUUUGAGCUAAGACUUACUGCUUACUUUCAAGUUAUGCUGAUCAAACUGUACCAGUAACAUGUAAGAGAUUCUGGGAGCUGAAAUGCUGUAUGAGUUAUAGUCUUCAAUCUUUAUUUUUGUUUAGUCUGUUGGCAGGGUGAAGAACUUACUAUGAUAAUAUAAUGUUUCUCUUGGAAAACAACCAUGAGAUCAGUGUGUUGUGUUUGAUUUGCAUGCUUGAAAUUUUCUGUGGUAUCUUUUUGUGCAUAUUACAUGGAGUGACUUCUCCAUUUUUUUUCUGAAAAGCUUUUUGUCAUUCUACUGCCUGCUGAAACCUACUGAUCAUAUUAUUUUUCAGGAUGAGAUUUUUGAUAUGGUCAAGCCUGAGGAUCCUUACAAAAUUACUCUGCAAGAUCUUGUUAACAGGUCAGGCAAGAAUUAACAUCAUUUGGUAAACUUUGGUAACAUCAGUUUGCAGUAGUUUCCUUUCUGUUUAGCCUGGUCUAAGCCCCUCUUUGGUAAUCAACUGUUUCAAGGGGACUGACAUCAUUGGUCUCAGAAUUACUCUUAGGCUGACUAAAUUUCUUUGGAAUCAAUUUGUAACUCAACCUUGUGCUUGCUAAAGCUAGUGACUUUUAUUUGCAACCCCCCUCCCCACCCCCCUCAGAGUUGUCAGGGCAGGGCAGGCCACAGGGUGGUUAUUAGGGAGAUAGGAUAUCCAUGUGGAGUGCUUUGUUGUUCUUGAUGACCAUACAAUGCAGUACAAGUGUGGAAUUUUUGGGUUUCACUAAUUAACUGAGUUGUUGUUAAAUUGACAGUGGUCAAGGGGAGACAGUGACAAGUAUUCUGAUUGAUUUGAAUGGCUUUUGGACCUAUGAGAACCGGGAACUUCUGGUACAAGAUGGUAAUAAUGAAGACCAUCCAUGAAGACACUGAAACAGAAAUGUGCAUCUUUCUCAUCUGGGCUUCCUAGGCACCUGUUAACAUCAUUGAAGCUAGCGGGUCACUUAAAAUGUCGAGGAAACUGGCUUUGAAUUGGCUUCAGAAAGUUUUCUAGGUGUGUGAAAUUAAGACUCGAGUGGUAUUAGAACCAGGAUAUAUAUGUUUUUUGUCGCCUUUGUGACGGUCUUUAACAUGAAUUUUGUCGGUGUUGUCAUCAUUCCCCCUCCCCUCUUUAAGAGGAAUGUCCAUCGCAGAAUUGCCUCUGGUACGAUUUAGACACUUGUGUUCUUUAGAUUUAUAAACAUUUUGUGUUCCAUUUUGUCACAGUAAACUUGGGUCAAUAGUUCCAUUCGUAUGGAACCCAUCAAGAGACUGUCUACUCUAAAUUGAACAAACAACUUUGCUUAAAUAAACGAUUUAAAAAAAACUUAAAUGGCAUCUUCUUUUUUGGUAAUGAAUGAUCGAGCUUCAAAGCAAGUUUCUAUGAAUGAAAAUCAUGCAUGUAAAUGUUUCUUUUCAAACUAUGUGUGAAAUUAGCGCAGCUGGGUCCCAUUUUGGUCCCCUUGGCUACACCAUUAGUUUGUUUGUGAUAUUUGCGACCGAAUGAAAAUCAAUUAAGUGUUGGUACUAGUUCGGCUUGACGGAGUAGUGUUUCAUAGCUUGGUUCCUUAACAGUGCGUAGAUCGAAGAA